GGCUGACCCUUAAAUGUUCAACAUUAAACAUUAAACAGCCUCCUCGGAGCGAAAUUGUCAGGAUGCAUCAAACUCAUUGCCGCUGACACUACUAAUUCUAUUUCCUUUUAUUCAUGUUUUUUCCCUCAUUCCGAAUGUCCCGUCAGGUUGGUUCACCGUUCAUCAUUGUCCAUCAUGUCAUCUACCACUUUAUCCCCCCAGCAGUUGGGAGCCUUACUCGAUAUCCUCGUCCACCAUGAGACAUACUCUGAAGUUAAGACUUUCAAACAUCCUGAAGCUAUCGAGAACUAUGGGUAUCCUUUUGAUACCUGCACCAAGAAACGAAAGGGUGGUGAAUCUCGAAGAUCAUUAUCACCGCUUUUACAGCUUCUCUUUACUAGAUUGGUUCUCCCUAUACCUGCCCUCCGGGAUCUGCCGUCUGAAUUCUGGGCUGUCAAGUUUAGAAGUAUUAUGAAACGAUUUGGUGAAGCAGACCUAUCCGACAGUUAUGAUAAAGGGACAUUGGGAAGUAGGAAGAGACUCGCCUCAGCCGCUUCCGUCAUUCAUGAAUCCGUCACCAGAGGCCUAUUGAGUGGCGUACCCAACAGAAAGUUACCGGAUCUUUACGGGACAUAUGACUUACACACAGCAGAGGAUCUUUCAAGGGCUUGGGACGAUGUUAUCCAACAUCUGGUCUACGGAAAUUUACUUGAUGAGCUUUUUGAUCAUCUUACUCAGACUCCAAACCUCGAGGAUCAUUCUCCAGCAGUGAAUGCCGCAGUCGAUUACGCCAUCAUCUACGUAGCCACAUUUCUUCACCACCUGUUUGUCUUAUCGGCCGAGGGUCCCUAUUUAUUGAAAUUGAUAGAUAAUGUCCACAGUUUAAUCCCAUAUACGGUUAUUGGACAAACAUUGCGUCUCGGAAAUGCCGGGACUAUGAUCAAUGCUAUGAUCCGGUUGUUUUUAGCCAAGGUCAGCGUCGGUGCAAUAUCCAAUUGGCUUGGGCUUACUCAAAACGCCUCAGAUGGAAUGAAUCUGAUGCAAAGGAUAAUAUCUCUUGUGUUGGAAUGGGACGCUGGUGACUUUCGCAAAGCUGUCGACAAUAUUAGACGAAGAAAAGAAGGACCAAGUGAAGCGCAUCUAGACACGAUUGACGAAUAUUUACAAGCAUCUAGACAAGAGCAUGAGGCAACUCGUGAAUUAAGCCAAAGCGACAGCAUGUCUAUUAUUAUUACCAUCUUAGAGACCAGAGACAAGGGUUCAACAAAAUCUCUAACCGACACACAACAUACGCAGUGCUUGGAGUAUUAUUCCGCUCAGCUUGCUAUACGCGACAGAGAGAAGAUCACUCAAGCUUUAUGCCGCGAAACUCCAGAUCUAACAACAACCAUAAUACGAGAGGGGGUAUCGGUUUUUGAACCCAUGAUACGAGCUAUCCACAAGAACGUAGAUAUACGAAAACAUAUCAAUUCCGUCGAAAGCUUCCUGUCAGACUUGAUAAAGACAAGUAAGCCAAAGAAGCGAGAAGACGGGAAAGCACAGAAUGGCACCGUACCACCUUCAGUUGAAGAUUACGUUGCCCUCCUGAAUCGAAACCGCCAACUGGCUUACGAUUAUUUACACGAGUUCGCAAAAGGAUGUCCUGAAUUACGGACGAUGUGGCUUGAAUGGGCUAAAAAUAGCCUUCAAUUCUUCAGACAGCCACCAGAAAACAGCAGCUCUCCUAAGGUUCAAUCUAGAUGUUCGUUUGGUACCAAGGAAAUGGAUAAAUCUCUACAAACUCUUUUUGAUGAACUUCCUAAGGAUGAGCAAAGCAGUGUCAAGGCCGCUAUUGAUGCACACGCUAAAUAUCUCUCCACUCUGGAGGAUAUGUCUUGGGCCCGGGUACAGAGAAUCAUUGACGGCGUGGACAAUCAAGAGAAAGAGACAAGUGGUAACAUGACCGGGCCAGGUGUCUACAUAACACGUUGGCACUGCCUGCUAGAUGAAACCAUCGUCACGCCAAACACCCCAAGAGGCCCGCCAAGAAAAGGAAAGGAUGUGAAGGGCGUGAAGGCCCUUGGAAAGACAGAAGCCAUCGCCAAAUCAGAGUCUUGGGACUCUAAGGCUAUUAGCGAGCAAGAAGAGCAAACUCAUCCCGAUGCCCCUGACGUCUCAAUAGUGGUUGAUGCUCUUGCGCCACAGUUCAAGAACCUUGUUGCCGAUAUUUCGAGGAAAGGUCUUCCUCUAAAAUAGGUGCAACAUACCUAUUUGACAUGGUAGCUGCCAACACUAUCGACGGCUGUUUAUACGAUAUUGACCUGGUCCAUGGUGCAUAGCGAUGGAGUUUACAUGUGUUUAGUGGUUGAACAUAGACGACAUUGGUUCAAGUGGAUCACGCAGAAAGAUGAUCAACGAGACAUUAGAAUUGAAGACAUGUCAAUAUUACUAAUUACUAAUAUUUUCAGAUG